AUGGGGACGAGGCAAACUGUAGAUGCGAAAUCCGCGCAUGAGGCGCGUGCACGUGAAGACGGUAGGGAGGCUGCCCCGGCGUCGUUGAGAGAAUGUCCGAGCCUACCCGUUUGUUCCCUACCUGCCUCUGAAGACAGACAGAAGCUGCGCCGAGUCUUCCUUCGCAACCAAGCAGCGAUUCUGUCCGUUGCUGUUCUCUGUCCGGCGAUUUUUUCCUCAUUCUUUGUACCCAAUGGGGGUCUUCAACCUGGAGCCUGCGCCGCCGUCGAAGCAGGGACCCGCAGCCAGGCUGCGUUUCAAUUUGCGCCUGCUGCGGAUAUGGCGGCAGAGGAUGAGCCUGCGGCAGAGACAGUGGCAGACGACUUAGGGCGAAAAGGGAAAUGGUGGUGGCAUUACAGUGCGAUACGGCAACAGCCACGGACCUCUGCAGGGCGAGCGCGAGGGGCAGUUUCAUCAUCGCGUGGAAAGAACCUGAAGAAAAAGCUUUUGUUCAUGGCCUUGGGCAUCGCCGUUACUGCUGCGCUUGGCUUCGUGAGCGUCAAGGCGUACAAGAAGUGGCGUUCUCUGAAAACGAAGCGAUCGCCCUGCCCCCAGUAUGUCACUAGUACUCGAAGCUAG